GUAUGAUGCAUACAUAUUUCGAUUGCAUUUGCAUUAUUGCAUUCCUGUUGGGAGACGAACGCAGCCAACUUCCGGUGACUCGGCGAUUGUGCUGUUUUCAAACAUGGAGAGGUUAUCUUUUUGAAAUAAUAUGUGGGAAAUAGGUAACCGCGGUGUAGUCGGUUUGUUAAGUGUGUUUAUUGGAUCAGUGGUCCUCUACAACGCCUGGGGACUGAUUCUAGUCCUCGCGAUUUUACUCUUUUUCGUAGUGAACACGUGUUACUCCCUCCUUGUGAACGACAGUCUUGUGUCUCCCUAUAAUUUAUUAGUAUUCCAUUUCGUGAGAGAAGUCAUUUUUGAUCUCAGUGAAAUUAUCGAACAAUUCAGCGUUAUUCUCACGCGUUAUAUUCGUGAUUUUGUGAACGCCGUUAAACGUUAUUAUCGUCAACGAUUCAACACGAGUCACAACAACUCCAACAUGAAUCGCUCUCGAAGAAGUUCUUAUCAUCUCAGUAGUGAGUCAUUUGUUAAUGCUAGGGAACCAUCGGCAUCAUCGUCGUCGUAUUCGAAUGCAAAUGUUGUUAAUCAAUUGAGUCCAAUUCCUAAGGAAAAGUUCCAGCAAAUUGACGAUUGGAACGAACAUACUAGAUACGUCGACAAUAAUGAAUCUUUGGUUAAGUACACUUCAACGCCUCUUGUACCCUGGAGAAAGGAGAAUGUGCCCAAUGGAGAAGUGCAAAAUGUGUCUAUUCAAAAUUCACCGAAUAAAAUUUCAUCAUUACAAGGUAGAAAUCAUACUGUGUCUCGUGAUGAGACAUUUUUCAGCCCGGAGGGCUCACCUUGGGGCACGAGCAUCAGUCCAAAAAUGCGUUCAAAAGCUGCCGGAGUCAAGACUGUUCAGACUGUUGCUGGACCACUUUUAGCAUCAACAAGAUAUAAUAUUGACACAAAAGUUUACACGGACGUGACAUCGCCAGGUUUGACGACAAGAUUAUCGAAAUACGCCUCGGAAAUAAACAAUAAGUUACUUCAGCAACCACAGUAUGGAAUGGGCCAUUUUCCAAAAGUCAAUCUCAAUCCAACGCCGACACCAUUAAUAAAUACAAAAACAGCCAAAAUGCGAAUGCCAGUGACAGUGAGAAUUGCACAACCCGAAGCAAUCAGCAAUCUCUCAUCGUCGGAGAGAAGGAAAAUUCUCAACAAAACAUGUCAUUCUGAUAGUCAAGUAUCGUCGCCUAAUGUUGUUCAAGCAUUGAGAGAAAUAUCUCUAAAGAGACAUGCAUCAAGGGAAGACGUUACAGCCGAUUUGGUCAAGAAGCAACGCACCGAUGGCAUUUAUAGCGAUGAAUUGGAAAAUUUGGAGGAAAUGACACAGAAGCGUGCCAGGGAUGAGUCUUCGAAGUCGGACGAGGAACUUUCGCCAUCGCACUCCACAUCCAGACCAUUGAAGCGUACCAAGGGCCAAUCAUGCAAUGAUAUUUUAAAUUCAUUCAGUUCGAGUGUUCACGUCUUCUCUGGCGUCAAAAGAAAAGCCACGGACAUAUCACGUAGCAGUACUCCAGAUUUUGAGAAGCACUUUAAAUCAUUAGAGAAAUAUCCGAGUGAAAAUUUUUCCACUGUUCAGCAAAAUGAACCGUCAAAAUUAAUUGAACGUUAUGUCAGUGAACCGAUGCCGAUUGUUAAUGUUCCAAUUAAUUCUGAAUUGAAGCAACGAAAAGAAGUUUCACCUAAAGAAAUUGUCAUUAAUGAUGAGACGCGAAUGGAGGAACAAAUCAAAUUGUCGCCAGAUGUUUGGGAAAUUAAAAGACCGGCAAUUUUGAAAAAACCAAAAUCACCCAGCAGUCCUGUGAAAUUGUCCGAUAAAUUGUUUAUGCGACCUGAACCGCAGAAUAAUGAUAAAAUACGAACAAUUAUCGAGCAACAAAGUAGUAAUGCGAAAGACAAAUUUUCCAUGGUUGAUAAGGAUGAAAUUAAGAAGACGGACAUUGUUAAUAUGAGACAAAAUAGUAUGCGAGCCAGACUUCAGAGUAUGUUUGAUGCCAUUUCCGGAAAAGGAGCGAGUAAAAUUAAUCCAGACGUUGUUAUUCAAGCCGGUGAGAUGAAGAAUAACGUUUCUGAAACAACAACAGCUGCAGCAACGGCAACAACUACAACAACACCUUUUACAACUCUAAGUUCAACGACAGUGACGACGAAUGUCAAUACAUCUCCAAUUUCUUCACCUGUCGUUCCAAUUUUGAAGAAAGGUGUGAUUAAAAAAUCACCCAACAAACGUGUAACUUUCAAUAUUCCGACUUCUUUAUCAGCAGAAAAUGUCGCUUCCAAGCCGCAAGAGGUUCAAACGACAGAAACUCCUCCAGUUGAAGUUUCCUCGCUCAGUACCGCUGCCAGCAGCACAUCUACAUUUACUUUCGGUACAAGUACAUCAACAAUUCAAGCACCAGUUCCUAUUCCAACUGCUGUUGAAACUUCGAAGGAGCAAAUAACCCCAACUUCUAAUUUCAUUGCAUCAAAGACAGAGAGUACUUCUUCAUUAUUUUCCAGUAAACCUCAACAAGAUCUCCAGCCUAAAUUAAGUUUACCCACGACCCAAAUUUCAACUCCCACUUUAGCCGCUCCGAUUUCGAAUACUUUCGCAAUUCCUCAAAAUGUUCCUCAAACCACGAAUAUUCUCAGUACGAAUCUGAUGAAUACGACUCAAAAUGCCACGACACCGUCCUUCACGUUCGGCGCCGUGGCGAAGACUUCACCACCCGCGCCGACUUUUGGUCAAAUCGCAACUACCACGAGUCAAUCUACGCCCAUAUCACUUCCAAGUGCAACAUUUUCAGCCCCUAGUUUCAAUUCAACUCCUUCGACGACGCCAGCUUUCUCGUUUGGAACGAAUAAACCGGCGGAAAUCACACCCAAUACACAAACAUCAACAACUUUCGGAACCGCUCCUCCGAGCUUUUCUUUUCCCACCAACGCCCCGGCACCUUCGAGUUUGACGAGUCUGAACAAAGUGGAGGCAACCUCAGCAGAAAGCAAAACGCCAAACUUCACAUUUGGCAAUAAUACCACUGCCAGUAAGCCGGGCUUCUCCUUCGGCACGCCGACCACCACCAGUGCCGCCACAUCGAUUUUCGGCGUGAAUCCCACAACAACUUCCGCUUCGCCAGCUUUCGGUUUAACCACAAAAUCCACCCCAAGUUUCACGAGUUCAACCUUUGGAAAUAAUAGUCUAAACUUUGGCACAUCGAACACGGGUGAAGUGAAAACAUCCACCACCACUUUCGGCGCACCGGCGACAACGGCAUUCGGCACGCCGACAACGACAACUCCCGUGUCCUUCAAAUCAAUCAACAGUCAACCUGUCUUUGGCAAUACACCAUCGUCGAGUGCUUUCCGAGCGCCUCAAACAGCCUCGUCGUCGUCGACUUUCGCCUCCAAUUCGGCGCCAACUUUCGGCACAACGACAAGUGCUCCGAGUCUAUUCACCAACAGCAGCGCCAGCACGACAACUUCGAAUUUAUUCAGUCAAGCGAAACCUCCAAACACGGACACGACACCAUUUGGCGCGAAUGCCGUCACGAAUGUCACCUCCCCGAAUCCAAUGUUGGGCGCCUCCAAUAUAUUCAGUCAAACGAAACCUCCCGCUUUCGGUGCGGCAACUUCUUCGAAUUUCGGCACUAGCGGAACUUCACUCUUCGGAAGCGCAGCGACGAACUCUGGCGGAUUUAACGCCACGAGUCCCAGCAGCAAUGCGCCGCCAACUUUUGGUACAAACGCAACGCCGCUAUUCGGAAGUCAAACUCCCGGAAGUCAGACUCCUGUUAGUCAGACAUCGUCCUUUGGAUUCAGCACAACAAACACUUCGGCUUUUGGAACGACUGCGGCACCUCCUGCAUUCGGCACCGGUAUAACAGCGAAUAACAGUUUUCAGCCGCAAAGUAGUAGUAAUAAUACGGGAAUCAGUUUUGGAGCGGGGGGCAAUAAUCCACCACAUCCACCACCAGCUUUUGGAGCCAGUUCGACGACAGGUUUCGGCACGCAGGCUGGAGGAAGUGUCUUUGGCACUAGCACACCUGGUUCGGCCUUUGGAGCGGUUCCCAGCAAUAGCAGCAAUGGAAAUAAUAAUGCCAGUGCUAGUGGGACAUUCACUUUUGGAGGGAAUCAGAGUCAAGCACAGCCGGGUUCGGCAUUCUCCUUUGGCGGUGCGAGUACAAAUAAUACUAGUAACAAUAAUGCCGCAACUCCCUUCCAAUUUGGAUCAGCAGCUUCUAAACCAGCUUCGGGUUUCAAUUUCACUGCACCUACAGCAGCACCAAGCAUUAAUUUUGGUGCAUCUGCACCACCAGCUUUCAACGCACCAACACCAGGACCAAGUAAUUUCGCAGCUCCUGCUACUGGAAUGUUUAGUAUUGGAACUGGUUCUACUGCUCCAAGAUCGAGAACUGCACGAGCCAGACGACAAAGAUGAUGGAGAAUAUAGGCUAUAAUGAAAGAUAAGUUUGCAUAAUCAAAAUGCAAAUUGCCGUUGAAAUAUUGCAAACAUAAAAAUGAAAGCAAAAAAAAAAUCAAUAAAUUAAAUGAUGUAAAACAUCGAAGAAAUUAUAUAGGGUAAUAAAAUGCUUUCUUCUUCGGAAUGUAGUGAAAAAUGUGUUUCGAAUUUUUCCAAUAUUUUUCACUGCCGCGAGAUAGAAAGAGGUGAUUGUUAAUUUUUAAAUUUGUUAACGUAAUAGAAAAAAAAAUGUAAAUAUGUGCGAAUAUUUAGUGAAUGAACCCUUAAAGCGAAUGAUUCAUUUGUUUAAAAAUAAAAUGAACAAUAAAAUUGUACAGUUGAUCAUUAGGAUUAAAAUGAGAAAAUCGCCUGUUUCAUUCUCAAAAAAAGAAAAAACAAAUCACAAUUUGUCGCAUUUUAAAGUCACGAAGAAGAAAGAAUUUGCGGCACUUUAGAAUAAGUUGAAUUAUAUGAGUAAUUUCAAGACCACAUGCGAUUAAAAAAAAUGCAUACAUACGAUUUUUUUUUAAGUUUAAUUUGCGUAUGAUUUAUAUCAUAGAAAAGAACAAAAAAGAAAGGAAACUGGAAAAUACGUAAAGGAAAUCUUUUUUUUCAGUUUUUCAAAGCUGUAUGAUAUUAGAAUUAAGAAAAGAGCGAUUUAGCUCCGUUUAUAUUUUGUCAGCUUGUGUGAGGAAUAAUAAUUUUAAAACAUAUAUUGUAAUAUGGCGAUUAGUAAUAUAUUAUUAUUAUAAAUGAUUAUCCUAUGUAAACGGAGAAAUAAAUCAUAUUCUCAUAUUAA